UUGGCAUACGGUUAUCUUGUUGGAGUCCCACCCAUAUUCGGCUUGAUUACUGCAAUUUUUGGACCUGUCUUCUACGCAAUAUUCGGCACUUCACGGCACACGUCACCUGGCUGCUUCGCGAUCGCUGCACUUAUGGUUGGUGGCGUUGUGGAGCAAUUCGGCAGUAAACCACCCAACGCCCAGAAUAAUAACACCGCCCCACUUCCGGUAAUAUGCUGUCAAGCUUCAGCAUCAGCGGUGCCUCCAGAUGAAGCGGUGGGUGUUGCCUCCUCGGUGACGCUUCUCGCCGGCCUGUGGCAGGUCACUUAUCACUAUUGCUUCGCCUUCUUACUCACCAAUACAGGAUAG